CCACACCACCCCACCACGCCGCCACCACCUACCCACCAAAUAAUUCCAACUCCAACUACUUCUCCUUCCUUCUCCUCCUCCUGGGCCUCCGCUGCCAGCGAUCAAGCCAGCACGAUCCCCCCGCGCGCGCCCCCAGUCAACCCCGGCGGCCGCCGAGGCAAAUGCCGGCUGCGGGAUCCCGGCGGUGAAGGAGCGGACGCCGACAUGGGUGGGCUUCGUGUCGACCUCUCCGGCGCGGAGAUCCGCGUGGACCCCGCGUGCGGCGCCGCCGCCGACGAUGGCGGGAGCCCGCCCGUGUUCCUCCCCCGCCAGCCCGCCGCGCCCCCGCUCCUCGCGCUCGACAUCGGAGGGACUCUGAUAAAGCUGGUGUACACGGCGAGCUGCGGUGGCGGAGGCGCGGAGCUGCGGUUCGCCAAGUUCGAGAGGCGGAGGAUGCAGGAGUGCUUCGACUUCGUCAGGGCGCAGGGUCUCGUCCACCGCAAUGGAUCAACUAUGGGUUCAAGCAAAGAAAAUAUAGCAUUGAAGGCCUCAGGUGGUGGAGCAUAUAAAUAUACUGAAGAUUUUCGUGAGAAAUUAGGAGUUUGUCUUGACAAGGUUGAUGAAAUGGAUAGUGUUGUUUCUGGAGCAAACUUUUUGUUACAGAGUGUUCCUGGAGCAGCCUUCACACACAUGAAUGGAAAGAAAAGUUCUGUUGAUAUUUCCCCAAAUAACUUGUUUCCUUACCUUCUUGUCAACAUUGGCUCUGGAGUUAGCAUAUUAAAGGUCACUGGAAAUAGGAAAUUUGAAAGGGUAACUGGGACACAUAUUGGUGGCGGAACAAUGUUUGGUUUAGCAAAACUUUUAACAGGCUGUAAGAGUUAUGACGAGUUCUUACAAUUAAGCCAGAAAGGGGACAAUUUUGUUCUUGAUCUAAUUGUGAAGGAUAUAUGUGGGGAACUUGUUUGCCAGAAGCAAGGACUUUCAACUUCAACUCUUGCUUCUAGUUUUGGGAAAGUUAUCACUUCUAAGAAGAAGUUAACAGAUUACAGACCUGAAGAUCUAGCAUCCACAUUGUUGAGCGCUUUUACCUAUAACAUUGCACAAGUGAGUUUUUGUUCGAUCUUUACCUAUAACAUUGCACAAAUUUCUUUCCUUGUUGCAUCAAUCUUGCAUCUCAGAAGAGUGUUCUUUGGUGGAUCUUAUAUACGUGGACAUAAGAGCACGAUGCAAAAUAUUUCUUAUGCAAUUGACUUCUGGUCGCAGAGUAAAAUGCAAGCUGUCUUCUUGCAACAUGAAGGGUAUUUAGGAGCUCUUGGUGCCUUAAUGAGUUAUGGUGAUUCUGGAGAUAAAAACAUGAACCUUGAGGAAAUGAAAGAGGAGGAGAACAUCCAUGAAUCAGCAACACCUAUUGAUGAGACAUCAACAGAUGAACAUAAUGAUGGAAACAUAUUUCCUUAUCUCCUUGUUAAUAUUGGAUCAGGUGUCAGCAUGAUAGAGGUAACUGGAAAUGGGAAGUUUGAGCGGAUUAUAGGAUCUCACCUAGGUGGGGGCACUAUCCUUGGUCUGGCGAGGCUUUUGACUGGUUGUUCAAGUUAUGAUGAAUUCUUGGAGUUGAGCCAGAGAGGCAAUAAUUUAGCUGUUGAUUUGACUGUUGGUGACAUAUAUGGGGAGCAUGGUUACCCAAAGAUUGGUCUUCCUGCGUCCACUACUGCAGCUAGCUUUGGAAAAGUGAGUUCAAGUAGACUUUCGGAAUACAAAGUAGAGGAUCUUGCGGCAGCUCUAUUGAAUUCUUUCACCUACAACAUUGGGCAGAUAGCCUACUUUGUAGCUAAUCUUUCUGGUCUGAAGAGAAUUUUCUUCCGAGGUGCUUAUAUCUGUGGCCAUGAGAAGACUAUGGACAAGAUUUCCCAUUCCCUCAAGUAUUGGUCCAAAGGCCAAGUUCAAACAACAUUUCUGUGCCAUGAGGGGUUCUUGGGAACACUAGGUGCAUUUUGGAGCUAUGAGAACAUGGGUAUUGACGGCUUGGCAGCACAUGAAGUCAUAAGGGAGGUCUUGCUUGGCGCUCCUUACACUGGGCAGCUUCCAUCUCUGCCUCUGACUCACCAACAGGACAAUGGAGAAGAUACGACCAUUGAAGGAGAAGUAGAACGGCUUCGACAUGACAAUGCUGUGCUGAAGGCUGAGCUUGAACGGUUACAAAGGGAGAACACAGAGCUCAAAGCGAAGCUGGUAAAAUCUGGCAAACCAAAUACCUUUUAUCAUUAAACAUAGGAUGCAGUAGUGAAGCAUGAUUCCAUGGCAACAAGAGAAGGUGUUUGAGGGCAAAAGUUCAAUGGCCUUGUUAUGGAGAUCGGAGAGGCAGAGGCUGUUCAACCAGCCGACCACCUGGUUCAAGUCUUAUGAACGACUCGGGUAGGGCCCAAAUUUGUUAAGAGACUGAGGUGUGUGAGCAACAUGGAAACGGAUGCAACAAACAGCCUAAUACUGAGGUGUGUAAGGUUGUUGUAAACUGUAACAGUUUGGCAGUAGUUUUGAUUCAAACAUGAUUUUUACAGAGGAAGUGUGCACACAGGUAGUUACCCAGUUAACAUUGCUCAUACAUAUUGAGCUCAUGUUGUAUAUUUAUUUAUUUUUCUUUACUUAUUUUUGUUGGUGUAACCUUUUCUCUGUUGUUCUGUAUCUUGUAAAUAUGGAAGCAGCCGUGAUAAUAAACAUAUAUGGUGUCUUUGUAUAUUUUGCGAAGAUGUCUAUAUUGUCAUCAAGAAUA